AUGGCUGGCUAUGAACACUCUGGUCCAGUGGACUGUGAUGUGCCCUUUGAUACCGCAAAUCUCAAGGGCAAAACUGCGAUCAUAACUGGAGGCGCAAAUGGUUUAGGCGAAGCUUAUGUUCGCGCUCUUGUUGCUGCGGGAGCGAACGUCUGUGUUGGGGACUGCAACGUUGAAAAGGGAAAACGAUUAGAAGCUGAGCUUUCAAACAUCAAGUUUGUCCAAUGUGAUACAACGAAGUGGGACGAUCAGGUCCAGCUGUUUCGUGAAGCCAAGUCCUUCUCGCCAACAGGAGAUAUUUCCUACGUCGUUGCCAACGCGGGUAUUUCACGGCCAGAUGAGGUGUUCCAACCCUCUGGCAAUAAGCUGGAACCGGAAAAGCCCGAUUUAUCUACAAUCGAUGUCAACCUUGUUGGAUCCUUGUACACUGUGAAACUGGCACUGCAUUACUUCGUCAGCCAGAAUGGACAACAGCCGUCUAAGAGCCAGAAGGACACAUGUUUGAUUUUGAUCGGUUCCGGAGCAGCCUUCGUUGACGUUCCCCGAACUCCUCAGUAUUGUGCGACAAAAUGGGCUAUGCGAGGAAUCAUGCACUCCCUGAGAAGGACCGCUUUUUAUUACGGAAGUCGGGUGAAUAUCAUUUCUCCAUGGUAUGUCAAAACCAACAUUCUUCCGGAAGAGAUAUUUGCACGUGUGGCGAGGAGUGGUGUGGAAUUUGCCGACCCAGCAGAUGCUGCACAGUGCCUUCUACGAAUCUUAAGUGAUUCUAGUGUAAACGGACAUUCUUUCUUUGUAUCAGCAAAGAAGUGGGUCCCACGGGGUUUCAUAGACCUUGAUCUUGAAGAUUAUCCGGGGAAUAUACUACUGCAGGAAAUUCAGGACGACCAAAUGAAACCUGCUCCGGUUGGAAUGGGACUCUUCGUGUAG